CGGCUGGGGACGCUGCCGCAGGGUGACUUAAAUGUCCCAAGCUGGAAGCUGGAGAAAGAAGUGGACGCCCCCAGGGCUCUGGGCCACCCUCGAGGAUGACGUCUCGGGAGCAGCUGGUACAGCAGGUGCUUCAGGAGCUGCAGGAGGCCGUGGAGUCCGAGGGCCUGGAGGGUCUCGUGGGUGCUGCUCUGGAGGCCAAGCAAGUCCUGUCGUCCUUCACCCUCCCCACCUGCCGAGAGGGGGGUUCCGGCCCCCAGGUGCUGGAGGUGGACUCCGUGGCCCUGAGCCUGUACCCGGAGGACGCUCCCCGGAACAUGCUGCCGCUGGUGUGCAGAGGCGAGGGCAGCCUGCUGUUCGAGGCCGCCAGCGUGCUGCUGUGGGGCGAUGCCGGCUUCAGCCUGGAGCUGCGGGCCCGCACGGUGGUGGAGAUGCUGCUGCACCGGCAUUACUACCUCCAGGGCAUGAUCGACUCCAAGGUGAUGCUGCAAGCCGUGCGCUACUCCCUGCGCUCUGAGGAAUCCCCCGAGAUGACCAGCCUGCCAUCCGCCACGCUGGAGGCCAUCUUCGACGCGGAUGUCAAGGCCACCUGCUUCCCCAACAGCUUCUCCAACGUGUGGCACUUGUACGCCCUCGCCUCCGUCCUGCGGCGCAACAUCUACUCCAUCUACCCCAUGCGAAACCUCAAGAUCCGGCCCUACUUUAACCGCGUCAUCCGGCCCCGCCGCUGCGACCACGUGCCCGCCACGCUGCACAUCAUGUGGGCCGGCCAGCCCCUCACCAGCCACCUCUUCCGCCACCAGUACUUUGCCCCCGUGGUGGGGCUGGAGGAGGUGGAGGCCGAAAGUGACCCCGGCCUGCCCCCAGCGCCUCCAGCCCUGGCCCCGCUGCCGCCACCCGCCAAGACCCUGGCGCUGCUCAACCAGGAGCCCGGCCUCAGCUACUCCCACCUCUGUGAGCGCUAUAGCGUCACCAAGAGCACCUUCUACCGCUGGCGGCGGCAGUCCCAGGAGCACCGGCAGAAGGUGGCCACGCGCUUCUCCGCCAAGCACUUCCUGCAGGACAGCUUCCACCGCGGGGGCGUCGUGCCGCUGCAGCAGUUCCUCCAGAGGUUCCCCGAGAUCUCCCGCUCCACCUAUUACGCCUGGAAGCAAGAGCUCCUGGGCUCUGGCACUUGCCAGGCCCUGGCCCCCAAGGAGGUGCAGGUGCUGGAGGAGCUGGAGAAGCUGCCGGACGAGCAGAUCGCCAAGGGGCUGGGAUGCUCGUCGCUGGCCGUGUCGAGCCCUGGCAUGAUCUUAAUGCAGCGGGCCAAGUUGUACCUGGAGCACUGCAUCUCCCUGAACACACUGGUACCCUAUCGCUGCUUCAAACGCAGGUUCCCCGGCAUCUCGCGGUCCACCUACUACAACUGGCGCCGGAAGGCCCUCCGAAGGAACCCCGGCUUCAAGCCGGCGCCGGCCCUCUCCACGGCCGGGGCUCCCCAGCCAGCGUCUGUUCCGGAGGAGGCCCUGCUCCCUUGGAAGGGUGAGGUGGGAGAGGGGCCGGGCCAAGCGACUGCGGGGGGACCGCCUGCCCCCCGUGAGCUCCUGCCCCCAAAGGUGCCCCUGUCCCGUUGGCAGAGGCGUCUGCGCAGGGCUGCCCGCAAGCAGGUGCUGAGCGGGCACCUCCCUUUCUGUCGCUUCCGCCUCCGCUACCCCAGCCUGUCGCCCUCUACCUUCUGGGUCUGGAAGAGUCUUGCCCGGAGUUGGCCCAGAAGCCUGUCCAAAUUCCAGAUGCAGGCCCCCGGCUUGGGCAAAGAAGGGAUGGAAGCUGAAGAGAAGCAGGAGAAAGAAGCCUGCAGGGAUGUGACCGCUGUGACGGCCCCUCCUGUGGGAGACCCCCCGCGGGUGGGGUCUUCUCCAGGAGAGGAUCCGGGGAAAGCCCAGGGAGGGCCUUCCAGAGAGGGGGCCACGGCCCAGGGCCGGCCCCACAGCAGCCUCCCUGUGACCGAGGCGGCAGUGGGUGGCAGGGACGGCCAAGUGCUGGUGAUGGACAUGCUUGCCACCACAAAGUUCAAGGCCCAGGCCAAGCUGUUCUUGCAGAAACGCUUCCAGUCUAAGAGUUUCCCCUCCUUCAAGGAGUUCAGCGCCCUCUUUCCCCUCACUGCCCGCUCUACCUACUACAUGUGGAAGCGGGCACUCUAUGAUGGCCUCACGCUGGUUGAUGGCUGACAAGGAGGUGUGAAGGGGCCUGGGAGGAGAGGGGACCCGUUUGCAGAGGGUCAGGGACCUAA